AUGUCUCGGAGAUGCGAGAACAAGCAAGAUUUAGAUAAUUUGGUGAUCCCACGUGAGGCCCUUUUCUUUAAAUCCCGCAAAACGUGCUCGGACGUUGGAUUUUCGAGUCUCCAUGGAUGGUCUAAAAGAAAAUAUUCGAGCAAAAAUAGCCAUUCGCUUUCCCGUAUGAUCUUCUCUGUCAAAAGCGAGAGACGAUGUACGAAAGAUCCAAGAGAUGAUACGCAUCAAAGAUCCAUAUGCACUUUGCACGGUGUGAGAUCCGACUCAAAGAAGCUCCGGCAGUUCGCAAACCCCACCACUGAUUUAGUAUGUUCUUGA